GGCGGAGCGGGAGCUGCCCAGACGCGGCGGAUAUGGCCGAGGUACCGCCGGGGCCUAGCAGCGUCCUGUCCCCGCAGGGGGACACGCUCUCCCCCUUCCCCGGAGGAGGAGGAGGGGGGGCUGCUUCCUCCUCCUCCUCCUCCUCCACCGCCUCCUAUGCCGCCGCCGCCGCCGCCUGCACCGGCGCCCAGGACGAGGAGGCCGAAGAGGAGGAGGAGGAGGAAGAGGAGGGACCCGCGGGCGAACGGGAGCAGCAGCAGCAGCGAGGAGGAGGAGGAGGAAGCGACGGCGGCAAGGGGGGCCCGCAGCACCGCCACCACCACCGCCACCACCACCACCCCCCGCACCACAACCACCAGCUCAACGGCCUCAUCAGCCCCGAGCUGCGGCACCUGCGGGCCUCCCUCAAGGGCAAGAUCCUCGGCUCGGAGGCAGGGGCGGCCCCCGAGGGGCUGGAGAACAAGCGAGCCAGCAAAACAAUGGGCUCCGGACAGCAGCAGUCGUCGCCCCCCAGCGCAGCGCCCUGCUCGUCCCCCCACGCCAACCACCUCCCUCCCCAGGGAAGGACUGCACCCUCUCCUCCUCCUUCUCCCCCGGCUAAAGGGGACAGGAGCCAGCCUGCUGCCACAACCACGGCUGCUGCUGCUGCUAAGACUGCAGCCCGCAAUGGGCUGGCAGGAGAGACUGGCUUGGAGGAGGAAGAGCAGGAGGAGGGGGAUGAAGGAGGGGAGGAGGAGGAGGAGUCCCUGCAGCUACUCUCCGGGUCCUUAGAAGCAGCGUGCAGUUUGAAAAGCUCGGGAACGGACUGUCAGCCCGAGGAGGACCUAACGAUACGAUACGUCCAGUAUGAGUCAGAGCUGCAGAUGCCCGAUAUCAUGAGACUGAUCACCAAAGAUCUGUCUGAACCCUACUCCAUUUACACAUAUAGGUAUUUUAUCCACAACUGGCCACAACUUUGCUUUUUGGCCAUGGUAGGUGAGGAGUGUGUAGGUGCCAUCGUCUGCAAGCUGGAUAUGCACAAAAAGAUGUUCCGCAGAGGUUAUAUAGCCAUGUUAGCAGUGGAUUCCAAAUACAGAAGAAAAGGAAUUGGUACAAACUUGGUUAAGAAAGCUAUUUAUGCUAUGGUUGAAGGAGAUUGUGAUGAGGUUGUAUUGGAAACAGAAAUCACAAAUAAGUCUGCUUUGAAACUUUAUGAAAACCUUGGUUUUGUGCGAGACAAGAGGCUGUUCAGAUACUAUUUAAAUGGAGUGGAUGCACUGCGUCUGAAACUGUGGCUGCGUUAGGAGACCCCAUCCCAGCCAGCAAGCGACGUCCCAGCAGCGCAGAGUUGUCCUUUGCAUGCAAUGCAAUUUGUCCCAAAUUGCUUUGCAAGGUGGACUUUUAGUACUUUCCAUGCAGCUCUUAAACCUGUCAGUGUCCCAUUGAGUGUCGCACACAUUCGUUGCACUUUGGCAUGGCGCAUUUGUUCCGAAUUAAAGCCGAUUGUCUCAGACUCCGAGUCCUUUUGGUACCAGCCAGAUGUGCCAGGUGAUAGCCAAGAUAUGUUCAUUCAUUUGCAAGUCUGCUGACUUUUUAGGACAUCCACACAGUGAACAUUUUAGCAGAGAAAACCUGGACGGGAACGCCGCUUUUGGUUCCCGAAAAUUCAAAAUAAAGCCAAUGUAGAUUGUAAAAUUCUAUAAGUAUACUAACAUUUCAUACAAAAAUUGCCAUAGUUUUCUGGGGAAGAAGAAGAAGAAAAAGAAAAAAAAGGCUUCAAUUUUAGGUUUUAUUUUUCAAUAUUGAAUUUUUCCAUUCUUAAAUAUUGGUACCUC